UCUCGUGCUCUCUGUUUUCGUUGUUUUCGUUCAGAGCAGCAUUAACCCUCGACGGCGACGCUCGUUUUUCGGUUGUUCGGCUCCUGAAAUCGAAAUUGUAAUUUCGCACAGCGUAUACAUUAGAUUUUCCUCCUUCACGUGUCGCGCGCGUGUGCUAUUCUUGUUAUUGUCCUAUCGUCGCCUUUUUUUUCGGGUGUAUACUUAACAAAAUCGUUACAGUUAAACAUUUUUUUUUCACGUGUCUUACUGUUACUUCUGAUUCAACAACAAACACAAAAGUCAAACAAAUAAAGCACGUUAAAGGGAACACCGAAAAAAAAUAACAAAAACAAAAACAAAUACAAAUAGGAUAGGUUGUUGUUGUUUUCGCGCAGCAUGUGGAGUUACAGUUAACUGUUACAGUUAACGGGCAGCAAAGUGAGGGGGAGAAAGAGGUGUGUAGGAGCAGUGGGCGAAGCACAAGGAGCAGCAGAAGCGAAAAGAGAGUAGAGGAUAGGGAUUUACUGCUUCGCUUCACUAAAUGCAGUCGACGCUGCGAUUAUUAUGUGCCAGCUCCAAUAACAACAACAGCAGCAGCAAAAAACCGCCGCAGCAGCAGCAACAACACCACUUGAUACGAAAAUAAACAAACAAAAUCAAUCAAUUAAUCAAUCUGCUGAGCACACCGCUCUCCACGCCCACACACACAAACACACACGCAACAACACACAACGCAGGCACAACCACAACAACAACACACACACACAUACGAGUGCGAGUCAACGCCCACGCCCAUUUUAGAAAAAGGAGGGAGUGGCAGGACGACAACAAGCAAAGGAGGAGGAGGAGAAAGGAGGAGACAAGCACGAGGACGAAGACAACAUGUUCCACUCACUUGUUUUGAUGGCCUGCGCCCUUGCCGCCCUCUCUGUCGCCCAGGGGGCGGGGUUCGCUCGAUCGAAAUCGCUGCCGUUAUCGUUAUCGCUAUCGCUAUCGGUAUCGGUGUCCUCUUCAUCGGCAUCCAGUCCAGGAGCUGCUGACCCAACAGCCGCCGUCACCGCCAUCGCCACCGCCCCCUCCCCCGCAACCGUUCCCUUUGCCGGCAAACAGCUAAACAGAUGCCGUCAAAGUUGCUAUCAGCAGCUUUCCAGGGACUGGCAUUAUUGUAAGGAUUCCGUUGAUUGCACAAACUGCUGCCAAAAGCUGGUGGCACCCUUCGAACUGCGGAUCCUGAAGGCCCAGCGCCAGGAGUCGCUCGUCCUCACGGACAUCGGCUGGGAUGAGAUGAUAGCGAAUUCCUCGCGCCAGUGCCUCAUCACCUGGGAGGUGUCCGGCGGCGGCCUGAUCGGCAAUCUCCUCACGGACACCGCCCGGGCGGAACUCUCCUUGUGGCCGGACACCGUCUACAACAUCCAGGUCAAGUGCAAGCACAAGCUCACGGGUCUGAUGCGGCGUUCGAUCAAGCUGAAUGUGGACACCAGCCAGUUGGUGGGCACGACAACGACAACGACCACGACCACGACAACGAGCGGCACACCGAGGAGCCAGGGGCAGCCAGUGGAGCAGCCGUUGGACCAGCCAGAUGCCUUGGAGCACUCGCAGCGCAUUCGUGUCCGGCCCACGGAUCGGGUGUACAUAAUCAGUGCACUGCCCACGGCCAGCGAGUUGGGCGGAGUGGUUUAUCCGGCCUUCGGGGCGCUGGCCUUCUUCCUGGCCCUGCUGGUCAUGUUCCUCUUCCUGCGUCCGCAGCGCAAGCGAUUCCCCCUGGAUGCGGACAGUGCGGACACGGCCACGUUGAUAGGUCGCAGCUCGAGCAGCUCGAGGAACUCACUGGACGCCUCCACGCUGCAUGUCUAAGGCGGAGGCUGGCCGGAGAACCUGUAGUCGUAUAUAUAUAGAUGUCUGACUAUGUGAUAUUCUGCACCCCAAAAAAGAGAACCAUACAAAAAACAAAUGAACAAAGGACGCGAUGACAACUGUGUACAUACCCCUUGCCGCGUUAGUUAGUCCUUCCCUAUCCGAAAUAUUAAAUCCUGGAUUUUGAUUCGACAUGAUUGAUCAGAUCGAAUCGCUUCGAAUCGAAUCAAAUUGAAUUGAAUUGAAUUGAAAUGAAUUGAGUUGGAUAGUCAAGGCAACGUUCGCUCAACUAAGUUAAGUUUUAUCCUCUGCCAUUCGUAGAUCCCAAUGCCAAACCAGCGCAGUCAUAUACAUAUACACGCAUGAUAAACAUACAUAGCUCUAUAUACACAUAACAACUAUAUUAUACAUUUAACGCAUUUACUAUAUACAUAUACAUAUAUCAUAGUUAUACAAGCAGGAACAGCUAGAGAUCAAGAUAAAGAUACAGAUGCAGAUACGUUUACGGUUACGGUUACGGUU